GUACUGUUUAAAAUUACUGAGCCAUAUCUUACAGUAUCACUGGAGGGAGAAUAUCAAGUGAUUCACACACAAACUACAUGAUCUUUCUUUCCUGUUCUCUUGAAAUGCAAGACUUGCUCCUUUACUCUGCUUUGAGAACGGAAACACAUUCCAUGAACGUAGUGAAAGAUUUAUACCUGUUUACUUGAGUGAAUUAUAAGUUAUUAAGAAAGUAAGUGGAGUGUGAAACGACCAAGCAUGGAAACAAUUACAUCAAAAGAGAAGGGAGGUUAACAGCUUUGGGAGGAUCUCUAAGCAUCAACAAUAUCUUCUCUUCCGUCCAUCUCCCUUCAACGUCUGUACUAAAAGCUUACAUCUAUCUCUUGUCAUCAAUGAGAGUGAAAAGUCCAUGGCCAAGAUUAGAUUAAUGUGAUGAGUACAAGUGUCCCGCAUUUCCCCUUCUCCUCUUCACCAAAAUGGACAAAGUAGAACCUGAAACCUGCAUCAUGAUAUUUUCUCUCGGUAUAUAAGAGCAGCAUGUGUAGAUCCUGUGUCUACUUAUGAACACAAUCUGUUCCUAACACUGCAACUAGAAAACAUGGCUUCCGGAAUCACGCUUAUAUUUGUAAUUCUUAUAACAACCGUGAUGAUCAGCGAAGCAUCGUUUGGCGGAAGUCACGAACAUGUGCAUAUCCGAGUGCACAUUCCACAUAUAAUCAACGAAGUACACCACCAGAAAAAAAUUAUUCAUCACGAAAUCGAGCCCGAUCAUCACUACGAAGAUCAUGGUCAUCACGAUCACCACGGCUUCGACGACUUCGGAGGAGGUGACUUCGGAGGAUACGAGCAUCACGGGUACCCAUGAAUCGCCCAAAUGACAUGAGACUUAAAUAAUAUUUAUCGAAACAUUUGACUGACGUGUUUAUGUGUCGUCCUGCCUGAGUGUUACAGAAGUGUGGACAUGAGAUCGCCUGUUGUGCCACAGAACCUCGAGCAGGUAUAUUCACCUCACGAUGAAUGUAUUGAUCAGUGGACGCUCUGUCACAUUGACAUAAUUCAUUUUACAAGUCACCUUGAUAAUCGCCUAUUUUACGUUAUUAAAAAAUUGUUUUCGAUACAAAGUCAGAUAGAUCGGUACUUCCGAUUAUAAUUUUUAUUCAUUCUGUGUUUUACCUAUGUGUUUCAUUUUGCCUGCUACGGCCUGAAAUUACAGGAUAGAGUAUGGCAGUUUUCCUCUCACGGAAGACGACAGAGAAUCACACAGCUUUUUGUAUAAGCAGGAAGCACAAGUUUACAACGCCCCUCCACUAAAUUUCGAAGAUUUUUUAUAGUCAUAUUGCUACAGAAAAAGUAUUUAUUGCACUAAACUCCAAUAAAUAUAAAUUAUAUUCGCUUUUUCUGUAGCCUUGCUGGGAAAAAUAAAGCACGUUAUUUUCCUCGGCAUAUGCAUGAAGCCCCUUAGCUGUAAAAAUGUUUCUUACCAAUCCCAUCCGGGUAAGAUAAUUAAAUUGAUACAUUUAUUAAAUAUCAGCAAAUGUACGAAUUUUAUCAUAAAGCUGACUUACGCUCUUCAGAUUCGACACUGUAUUUGUGCAGCGCUCUAGGAAAAUCACAUUAAUGUUGAUGACUACGAUUUAUUAAUGUUCUGACACGUAUUUGGGAAUAUUCAUAAGUGCAGCGGAAUUUUUUAAUAUUCCUGGUCUAUUAUCUAGUGAACCUUGUGUUUAAAUCAUGAUACACGUCGAUGGUGACAGCUUCCAGGACAGGGUAAAGCUGACGGCGUUCCACUUUAUCAACGACGAA